GACAAGCUUUCAAAACAAGACCCUGCGAAGACUGUUUAAAAAACUUAAUACCACCAUUGGUAUUAACUCUCUUGAAGGCAAAGACAAACUUGAACAGCACAAUUCAAUAAUCUCCGAAAUGAAGGCUAUCACCAGUAAGGCCAACGUGUGUCUGUCAGAUGGACAGUGUCAUCAGAUCAUGCCAGGUCUCACUCAGGUCUUUUCCGAGUCCCGUAACUACAGCCUGCUGACUGAAGCCUGGAGAAAAUGGCGGGAUGCGACUGGGCGGAAAAUGAAGGAUCUGUACAAAGAUAUGGUUAACAUUAGCAAUGAGGCCUUCAUGCAACUAGGAUAUGAAGACACUGGAGAUUACUGGAGAUCCUGGUAUGAAUCGCCAACAUUACAGGAAAAUUUAGAACAACUGUUAAUGCAGUUAGAGCCGCUAUAUAAAAAUCUUCAUGCUUAUAUUCGACGGAAAUUACGGAACUUCUACGGAGAAGAACAUUUCCCUGCCUCCGGCCAUGUUCCUGCACAUUUAUUUGGAAACAUGUGGGGACAACAGUGGAAUAACAUAUACGACCUUGUGGAACCUUUCAAGGGCAAAUCCAGUAUGGACGUUACUUCUAGGUUACAAAAAAUUGGACUUAAGCCGUUGAACCUGUUCAAGGUUGCGGAGGAAUUCUUCACCUCACUAGGUCUUCUAGAAAUGCCACAAUCAUUUUGGGAAGACUCUAUGAUCGUUAAGCCUGAGGAUCGCGAUGUCAUGUGCCACGCGUCUGCCUGGGAUUUCCAUAAUGGCAAAGAUUUCAGAAUUAAGAUGUGUACAAAAGUUGACAUGGAGGAUUUGAUGACUAUCCACCACGAGAUGGGACACAUUCAGUACUUCCUACAGUACAAGGACCUCCCGAUAUCCUUCAGGAACGGAGCAAACAAUGGUUUUCAUGAAGCUGUCGGAGAUGUCAUGGAACUUUCCGUCUCAACACCAGAACAUCUACGCAAAAUCGGUUUCCUUGACAACGUUGUACAUGAUUCAGAUAGCGAUAUCAACUUCCUAAUGUCCAUGGCCUUGAAAAAGAUAGCGUUCCUUCCAUUCGGAUAUAUGAUCGACCAAUGGCGUUGGAGUGUUUUUAGUGGAGAGACAACUCCAGAAGAAUACAACGAAAAAUGGUGGCAGCUAAGGUGUAAAUUACAAGGGAUGUCGCCUCCAAUCGCUAGGACUUCAGAUGACUUUGACGCAGGGGCCAAGUACCACGUCGCGUCCAACACUGCCUACAUCAGGUACUUUAUUAGUUUUGUGAUACAGUUUCAAUUCCAUAAGGCCUUAUGUACUGCCGCGGGGAAAACAGGUCCUUUACACCGAUGUGACAUCUACCAGUCAAGAGAAGCAGGUAAACUCUUAGGAGAUAUGUUGGCAAUGGGUUCAUCGCAACCUUGGCAGGAGGCCAUGGAAAAGAUUACAGGUCAGCGAGAAAUGAAUGCUGAACCACUGAUGGAAUAUUUCAAGCCGCUUACUGAUUGGUUGAGAGAACAGAAUCAGAACGAUACGAUUGGCUGGACUGACGAGUGUCCUCAGGACGAACCAGAGCUAAUCAACGAUGCUGAGUUAGCCAAAGAAUUCCUUUUGAAUUAUGACAAUGAGGUACAAGAAAUGGACGCAUUCUAUAUGUCUGCCUACUGGAAUUACGUCACAAAUAUCACUGAUUACAACCAGCAAAAACAGGUUGAGGCAAACCUUAUAGCAUCAGAUUUCAGUAGAAAUGCUGCUCUCAAUGGUUCCUUGUUCAACUGGAAAACUUUACCCGACCCGCUGAUGAGGAAACAGUUUGCCAGUUUAGUUGACAAAGGUACCUCCUUAAAAGACAAAGAGAAGACCAAGGAGCGCAGCAACGUGAUGGCAAAACUCAAAUCCAUUUACGCCAAAGCCAAAGCUUGCCUUACAAAGGACAGAUGUCUGAAAAUGGAGCCAGACUUGAAUGUGCUGAUGGCAACGUCAAGAGAUCAGGAAGAGCUUUUACAGGGCUGGAAGUCAUGGAGAAAUGCUACAGGGCCCAAAAUGAAAAACCAUUAUGCUAGAUUUGUGGAGCUAAGUAAUGAGGGAGCGAAGGAAAAUGGUUACAACGAUGUCGGUGAGUACUGGCGUUCCUGGUAUGAUACGCCCAGUCUCCGUGACGACCUGGUCAUAUUGUUAGACCGGCUACAGGUGUUAUAUCUGCAACUUCAUACAUACGUCAAGGGCAAACUGGUGACGUAUUAUGGAAAAGAGCAUUUCCCGCGGUCAGGCCAUAUUCCUGCCCAUCUCCUAGGUAACAUGUGGGCGCAGAAUUGGAACAAUAUCUACGAUAUUGUGCAACCAUUCAAAGACAAAAAGACCCCGAAUAUCACCAAAACAAUGCUUGAAAAGAAUAUUACCGUGAAUCAAAUGUUCAAGUUAUCGGAGGAUUUCUUUGUGUCCCUCAAUUUGUCUGCUAUGCCACUGUCAUUUUGGGAAAACUCAAUAUUGGAACGGCCAACCGAUAGAAGAGAUAUGGUCUGUCAUGCUUCCGCCUGGGAUUUCGGGAACGCUAAGGACUUCAGAAUUAAGAUGUGUUCCAAUGUAUCCCUUGAGACGUUCCAAGUUAUCCACCACGAAAUGGGUCACAUUGAGUACUAUCUGCAGUACAAGGAUCAGCCUUGGCAAUUCAGAGCAGGUGCCAACCCAGGCUUUCACGAAGCAGUGGGAGAUGUCAUGGCCAUGUCUGUUGUAACACCUGCUCAUCUGCACAAACUGGGGCUCUUAGAAACUGUCGAAGAAGAUUUUGAAAGUGAUAUAAACUUCCUGAUGUCAAUGGCUUUGGGAAAGAUAGCGUUCCUUCCAUUUGGAUAUCUAAUUGACCAAUGGCGUUGGAGUGUCUUUAGUGGGGAGACAACUUCAGACGAAUAUAACAAGAAAUGGUGGCAAUUGAGAUGUAAGUACCAAGGUGUCUCUCCUUCUCUCCCACGAAGUGAAGAGGACUUUGAUCCUGGAUCCAAGUAUCACGUUCCUGGUAACACACCGUACAUAAGGUAUUUUAUUAGUCAUGUGGUACAGUUCCAGUUCCACAAGGCUCUGUGUGACGCAGCUGGGCACACAGGUCCCUUACACAAGUGUGACAUAUAUCAGUCAAAGGAGGCCGGUAAACUACUGGGUGAUAUGUUGAAGCUUGGAUCAUCUAAAUCUUGGCAGGAAGCCAUGGAGGCUAUCACAGGUCAAAGGUCAAUGAGUGUGGAGCCGAUCAUAGCAUACUUCCAACCUCUCAUUGAUUGGUUGACUAAACAAAAUCUUGACAAACCAACUGGUUGGUUGGACAAGUGCCAGCAGCCCCGUUCAAGUCUCAUCAAUGAUAAAGAGCUGGCAAGAACUUGGCUGGACAAUUGCAACAAGCAAGCUGGAUCUAAACUUCAGUUGGUUUCGAAACUUGAGUGGGAAAAUGCAAACAAUCACGAGUCUUCGUAUGACAACAAGGACCUGGAGGAGGUGCGGACAGACUUGGCUGAGUUUAAUAGACAAGUAUGGUUGAAUGCAUCUAGAUUUGACUGGGAGGGUUUCACAGAUAUGGACCUAAAGCGUGAGUUCGGAUAUAUAAGGGAGCAAGUUGGCAUUAAUGCAUUAGCGGAUCCAAACAAGCUUGAAAGGCUGAAAGCUCUCAUAAGAGACUUUAAGGACAUAAAGACUACAGAUGUUUUGAAGAAAUCACUGGCUACCAACAGGAACUACAGUCAGCUCAUCACAAUAUGGCUGUCGGGUCAGAGGGCUGGCAGUGAUAAUGGCAAGGACAAGUAUGCAGAGAUUGUCGAGCUCAGCAAUGAGGCAGCUAACGAGUUGGGUUUCAUGGAUACGAGCGAGGUUUGGAGAAGUCAGUAUGAAAGCGAAACAUUCCAACAGGACUUGAAGGGAUUGUGGGAACAAGUGAAACCGCUUUAUCAGGAGCUUCACACUUACGUCAGACAGAAGCUGAGGGCAUAUUACGGUGCAGAGCGUUUCCCGGUGUCUGGACAAAUACCUGCACAUAUUUUAGGGACGUUGAUGGGUGGGAAUUGGCAAAACCUGAACGACCUUUUGAUGCCUUAUAGGGAUAUAGCUGAUGUUGACAUUACACCAAAUCUCAAUGCCAGGAAUUACACAACAGAAAUUAUGUUUCAUAAGGCAGAAGAGUUUUUUACGUCUAUCGGACUAUCAAAGCUUCCAGUCUCUUUUUGGGAAAAGUCAAUAUUCAUGCGACAGUCAGAAGGUCAAAAUGCUAAUUGUAAUCCUUUAUAUUUGAACCUGGGAUCAGACGACGUCAGAGUAAGGAUGUGUACAGAUGUAGACCAGGAACAUUUUGUUGCUGUUCAUGAGGAGUUGGCACGUAUCCAGUACUCAAGGGCAUACACAAAGCAGCCAUUAAACCUCCAAGGGGCAGCAAAUCCAGGUUUUGCUGAAGCUGUUGCAGGACUUAUAGGAUUGUCUGUUUCUUCGUCAGAACAUCUACAUCACAUUGGACUUCUGGAAGCUGCUGCAAACAAAACAGAAGACAUGUUAAACUUCUUGAUGAGAAUUGGUCUUAAGAAGAUACCAUCCCUUCCUUUUGGAUACGUUAUUAACCAUUGGCAACAUAGUGUGUUUAGUGAGGAGACAAAACCUGAAACUUACGAUGAAAAAUGGUGGAAACUCAGGUGUAAGUACCAAGGAUUUUCUCCACCUGAACAUGAAAUUGAUGCUGGGUUUUUCUACCCAGGAACUGAAGAUCAUGGCAGCAUCAACAUGCCAUACAUCAGGUACUUUGUUGGAACAGUGCUGGAGUUCCAGCUACACGAGGGACUAUGUAAAUCUGCAGGACACACUGGUCCUCUACACACAUGUGACAUAUACCAGUCACGAAAAGCCGGAGCUUUAUUGAUGCAAAUGCUAGAGUCGGGACGUUCUCAACAUUGGCAAGACAUCCUUGAAACAUUGACAGAUCAGCGACAUAUUGAUGCUGCUUCUUUAGUAAAAUAUUUUCAGCCACUGUAUGAUUGGUUAAAAGAACAAAACAUGGAUCAGUCAACUGGCUGGGUCGAUGAUUGCUCCGCCUUGACAAUUGGAGAAAAGGCCAGUGAUUGGUUGAGUGCAUACAUUCUGGAGGCAACUGAUGUGUACAGAAAUAAAAUCCUGUCUAAGUGGAACUAUAGCGUAAAUAUCACCGCAGACACAGCAGCAAAAAUGAUCACUUCUGUACUGAACACCGCCGAGUUUGCCAAGCUAUCAGCGGAAGAGAUAUCAAAACUCCAUUGGAAGGAACUCGCAGAUCACGAUACAAAAAGACAGUUGAAGACAAUUACUCAAAUUGGACAAGGUGCAAUGAAUGACAAGGCGAAACUUAAACGGCUGUACAAUGUCCAGUCAAGGAUGAAGAGUAUGUACAAGAAAGGAAAAGUGUGUUUGACACCUGACAGAUGUAUCGCUCUAGAGCCAGGUAUGACUGAAAUUAUGUCGUCAUCAAGAAACAAAACUGUGUUACUAAAUGCAUGGAAGGGGUGGAGGGCAACAACACGCAGCAUCAAACCAUAUUACACCGAGUUUGUCGACCUGUCUAACGAGGGAAUCAGAGAUCUAGGAUACGAAGACACUGGUGAAUACUGGAGAUCAAAGUAUGAGUCCCCAAACUUUGUAUCAAACCUUGAGGACUUGUGGACACAGUUAACUCCCUUGUAUGAAAAUAUCCAUGCAUACGUGAGAAAGCGAUUAGGAAAGGUGUAUGGAAUGGAUACGUUUCCAACCACUGGUCACAUCCCUGCUCAUCUCCUUGGCAGCAUGUGGGGCCAAUCGUGGGGACAUAUCUACGACCUGGUUAUCCCAUAUAAGGGAAGUGAAAGUGUGGAGGUCACACCGGAACUCAAACGUCAGGGGUACACUGUUACACGGAUGUUCAAGACUGCCGAAGAUUUUUAUGUUUCUUUGGGAUUAUCUCCCUUGCCCAUGUCAUUCUGGAACAAAUCCAUGCUGGAAAAACCGGUUGGUCGAGAUGUUGAGUGCAAGCCAUCCGCUUGGGAUAUGCUCAAUCAAAGUGAUGUCAGAAUUAAGAUGUGUGCAACUGUCAACAUGGAGAACCUGUUAACUAUUCACCAUGAGAUUGGACAUAUACAGUAUUUCCUCCAGUACAGAAAUCAGCCAAUAACAUUCCGGCGAGGAGCCAACCCAGGUUUCCCUGAAGCAAUAGGUGAUGCCGUAACAUUGUCUGUUUCCACACCAUCACAUCUUAGAAAAAUCGGGCUGGUUAAUACUAGUUCCCAACAGGAUGAUAUCAAAGCGGACAUCAACUUUCUCAUGAUGAUGGCUCUAGAAAAGAUUGCAUUCCUGCCCUUUGGGUAUUUGGUUGAUCAGUGGCGAUGGAGCGUGUUUGAAGGGGAGACAACUCCUGAACAGUACAAUGAAAAAUGGUGGCAGCUCAGAUGUAGGUACCAGGGUGUGUCUGCACCUCUGGAGAGAACUGAGGAGGAUUUCGACCCUGGGGCGAUAUAUGAUAUUCCAGCCAAUAAGGAUUUCGUCAGGCAUUUUGUCAGUUCUGUAAUGCAGUUCCAGUUCCAUAAGGUACUAUGCGACGCAGCUGGACAAACAGGUCCCCUACACAAGUGUGGCAUAUACCAGUCUAAAGAAGCUGGUAAACUACUGAGUGACACGCUAAAACUUGGGUCAUCUGUUCCCUGGCCAGAAGCUAUGAAGAAAUUGACUGGUCAAAGUAAGAUGGACGUCGGACCGUUACUUAAAUAUUUCCAACCUCUUAGUGACUGGUUACAGACAGAAAACUUGCGGGAACGUCCAGGCUGGUCACAUGCCUGCCCCACUCGAAGAGGAAUAACUCCUGAAAGGAAAUCUUCUGCUACUUCUGGAACAUCUCAUAAAAACACUCCAGUAACUUUCCUACUGUUUGUGAUCGUACUAUGUAAACGUUUUGUAGCCUAAGGUAAAGCUGAUGACUUGGUAUUAUAUACAAUGGUGCUUAUAUAAAAAAAAAGGUUAAGAUAGUUACCAAAAGGUUAAAACGAUUUUUAUGCAGGAGAAAGAUGUAUUUACUUUUCAGAAUAGUCCAUUUCAUCAGGGAUUGUGCAGUGAUUGUUUUAUUACAAACGGUUUUAUCGUAUUUAAUAUAGAUGUAGAUUUUUUGAAUAGCCGAUAUUUAUAUCUCCAACGUGUAUAAUCCUUUCCGAGAUGGCGUAUAGAAUAUUUUUGCGGGAGGAAUUUAAAUUUCUAACUUCUUAAAUCAAGAAUAGUUGUGUCAAUCGAAGUGUUUGUUACUUUCAAUCAUGCAUCAAUGACGAUGACAAGACCCUGUCAGUUGAAACGGUACAUGAAAGAAACCAUAAAUAAAACGUUAAUUUUUAAAGACUUAUCUCGGGGCGUUAAGUAUUCUGAAUGCCUUUUUAUUAACAUCAGCACAUUAUCUCAUACACCCUUUCCAAUGCAACCAAGAGGGAAUUCCGAAUCUAAAACCAUACUCAGAAUUCGUUGAUUGAAUUGCCAAUCAGCGUUCGUUUAUUCCGGAUCAUAGCCCUAAACUUUAUACUUAUCAAUGAGCGCUGUCUAGCGGAGUGAAAUGGUACUUUGGGCAGGUAUUCUAGGCCAAAUAACUUACAGAAAAAGAACCACUAAAGAUGAAGUUAGAUCAACAGUAUCAGUGCCUAUUGCUAGUAUGAUAACUUAGAAUGAAGAAUGUAACUGUUACGAUUAUUCAUUAGAUCUUGUAUUGCGGGAUUCUCAUUUGUCAAAUUCAACAUGAUCAUAAAGCAUUAUUUCUUGCCAAAUAAUUAAAAGAAACUGUUUCUUUUCUAGAAUAUAUUCUGAAGAGAUGAAAUAGCAUGUUACAGUUUUAAUUAUAUGCAUAUAUGUACAAAUUCUAGCGUCACUGUAUAAAUAAGCAGAAACAUUCUGUCCUGUAAGAGGCGAUCCUAAACAUUAUCAGGGAUUUCUUGGUGUGAGGUAAAAUAGUUAUCACUCAUAAUAUCAAUAUUCCGGCAUCUUAAACUUCUUCAAAGGCAAAAUCAACAGUAAUUUUUCCCUCUUCAGAAAUAUCAAGAUGGAUGUUAUAUUGAUUCACCGUUGACUUUCGCCCUUGAAGCAGGUCCAUGAAGCCGAAAUAGUAGUACUAUGAAUGAUAUUAUAUUUGAUUGUCUUUUACACAUGUAGAUCAUGUAUUGUAUACUAUUUGAUAUAACUUUAACAGUGUUGGAUGAAAUGUGAGCGGUAGUGAGAAAGUUGUUUCUUGAAUUUUAUCUUUUAUGUCACGACGUGAAACCCACAAUUGUCGUAAAAUUAUUAUUUUCACUUAAAUCAACAACUUGCCCAUCGAAACUAACGUGUUUUAAAAUAAAAGGUUCCAAUUCUGUUUUGUUACAGUGAAAAUGAUUCAAGAUUGUCCUUCUAUAUUUGUGUUCGACAAAAUGGCUCGAAUAACAAAGUUCAUACAUACCGGCGAUCAAAUAACAAGUUAAGUAUAUAAUGUUAAGAACAAGGUUUUUGACAAUAAUGUCAACAUGUGGUUAAAAGAAGAUAAAGCGUUUCUUACAUUAAGCAAUAAAAUAUUUAUUACUGUUUCUACACACAGAAAAAUGAUUGAUUUUUUAUGGGCAUUACAAAAUGGAUACCUUUGCGUAAUACUGUAUCAGGAAAAUUAAUGAUAGAAUUAUGUUUUGAAGUUAAUUAUGUUGCCUCUGAAAAAUUUCCUCUUAAACAUAAGUACAAUGAGACUGAUAAACAUAUGUAUAUACAUAUAUAUACAUAAACUUAUAACUUCACUAUGUAUUGCACUUGUUUAUGUAUAAUGAAAAUGUAGAAUACACGGCAUCUUAUGUCCAUCACGGACAUGACAUCGAAACGAUGGUCAGGUUGUAAAAACCUAUUUCAUACAGUAUUUGUUGAAUGGUGUUUAAAGAGUUAGAUAACAUAUAUCAAAACACUCAUAGAUGAAAAUGAUGAAUAGCGUAGGAUGUCUUUAUGCAAAGACUUUAAUUUUGUAAGGAAUGCUUGAUUAUGUAUGAACUUAAAUGAUAUAUUAGACAUAAGUCUUUAUAAUGAUAAAAAUUAUACAUAAAUUAUUUAGGACCGUGGAGUUCUUGUCUCUGAUAACAUUCCGGCAAGGUAAUGCGAAAAAGACCAGAAAUAUUGAAUAUUUUAUAAAAAAAACACCUUAUAAAUGUGGAUGAAAAAAGAAUAAGGAAGCAGCAUACAGUAGAAAUUGCUUGAUCCUAAUAAUAAAGGGCAUGUAUCGGAUAAACAUGGAUAGCGGAUGCAUCCUGCACAA